GGCGCCUCUUCACGGACGUGGUGCUGCGCGCCGGGGCGCGCGCCUUCCCGUGCCACCGCGCCGUGCUCGCCGCCUGCAGCCGCUACUUCGACGCCAUGUUCGGCGGCGGCCUCAAGGAGAGCCGGGACGCCGAGGUGAACUUCCACGACUCGCUGCACCCCGAGGUGCUGGAGCUGCUGCUGGACUACGCCUACUCGGCGCGCGUGCUCAUCAACGAGGAGAACGCCGAGUCCUUGCUCGAGGCCGGCGACAUGCUGCAGUUCCACGACGUGCGGGACGCGUCGGCCGACUUCCUGGAGAAGAACCUCUACCCCGGCAACUGCUUGAACAUGCUGCUGCUGUCGGACGCGCACUGCUGCCAGCGGCUGCUGGAGCUCUCCUGGAGGAUGGCCCUGGCCAACUUCACCUCCCUCUGCAAGACCGAAGACUUCCUGAGGCUGCCCAAGGCCAAGCUGCUCGAGCUGGUGGAGAGCGAAGAGCUGGAGGUGGAGGACGAGACCGUGGUGUACGAAGCCGUCCUGGGCUGGAUCCGCUACGACCUGCCCCGGCGCCACGAGGACCUGCCGGAGCUGCUGCGCUCCGUGCGCCUGGCGCUGCUGCCCGAGCCCUACCUGCGGAAGCGGGUGGCCUGCGAGAAGCUGGGGGGGAGCCACAAGCUGGGCGAGGAGAUCGUGGCCGACGCGGUGCGGUGCAAGAUGAGGCUGCUGCAGAACGACGGCCUCGUCACGGGCUGCUGCGCCCGGCCCCGCAAGGUCAGCCAGGCCCUGCUGCUGCUCGGCGGCCAGACCUUCAUGUGCGACAAGAUCUACGUGCUGGACCGCAAAACGAGCGAGAUCAUCCCCCGCGCCGACAUCCCCAGCCCUCGCAAGGAGUGCAGCGCCUGCGCCAUCGGCUGCAAGGGCUACAUCACGGGCGGCAAAGGCUCCGAGAACGGCUCCGCGUACCGCUUCCACAGCGACAGCUUCCAGUGGUCCAAGUUCGGGGACGUGGCCGCCAAGCGCAUCAGCUGCCGGGCCGUCACCUCGGGCAACAGGCUGUACGUGGUGGGGGGCUACUGCGGCGCCCAGCGCUGCAAAACGCUGGACUGCUAUGACCCGGCGUCCGAGACGUGGAGCAGCGUCACCACGGUGCCCUACUCGCUCAUCCCCACGGCCUUCGUCAGCACCUGGAAGUACCUGUCCGCGUGA